CUUACAAAGGGAGUGCAUUAAGACAUGGACAAUUUCAUUCUCUAGUUUUAAAAGCAGGAAUUAUUUGGCAAGGAAUGGGAAAAAGUGUGACAAGUUAUGAAAUAUUAGUAACACAAUUUCGGGCUUAUCGUUUACAACAAGUUCCAUAUAAUUUACCUUAUGUAUCUGGUAGUGACACACCUAUCACAUGGUGGAGUACAUGUGAACCUAGACCUGCUUAUAUACAAACACUUGCUUUAAAAUUAUUUUCAAUUAUUCCGAAUAGUGCUAAAGGAUUAGCAAAAAUAUACCGUUAUAAUAUUUCUAAUAUGGAACAAGAGAUGAAACAUGCUAAAAAUGGCCGUGAUUUUCAUUAUACACCCGAAGAAUUACAAAAUAUUAUUCAAAAUAAUUUUGGAGAUUUAGAAGAUGACAAUAAUAUGCAAGAAAUAUAUUUAACAGAUGAAUUAAGAGACUUAGAAGCAGAAGAAAGAAAUAUCUGGUCAGAGAAUAAUUCAGAUGCAAUCCUUAAU